UUUCUCUCUCAUUCUCUUUCUUUCUAUACUUUCUGUCUCUCUGUUCUUUACUACGAAUCUCUUUGAUAACCUGGCCCUUUUCUUACUACGUCUUGCUAUGUCCCGCUUUCUUUUGUUUCUAGAUAUUGCAGAACCUACAAAAAAAACGCACUGAGCGGAGGGGGCGCCUAAGUUCUGACAAUAUGACUAAAAAGAAGUCCGGUUUCAGCAAAAGCGACCUUAUUUUUAAGUUCCUGAAUAUGGCGUCGGUGUUCAUGCGGAUUUUUAACCUGAUUUGCAUGAUGCUCCUAAUCGGCCACUGGAGUGGCUGCCUACAAUUCCUGGUCCCCAUGCUCCAAGGGUUUCCUAGUAACUCGUGGGUCGCCAUUAAUGAAUUACAAGACUCGUUUUGGCUGGAACAAUACUCAUGGGCUCUUUUCAAAGCCAUGUCGCACAUGCUUUGCAUAGGAUAUGGAAGGUUUCCACCGCAGUCCCUAACCGACAUGUGGCUAACCAUGCUCAGCAUGAUCAGCGGGGCUACCUGUUACGCACUUUUCCUCGGACACGCGACGAAUCUCAUUCAAUCACUCGAUUCCUCCAGAAGACAAUAUCGCGAGAAGGUGAAACAAGUAGAGGAAUAUAUGGCCUAUCGAAAGUUACCGCGGGAGAUGAGACAGAGGAUCACAGAAUACUUCGAGCACCGUUACCAGGGCAAAUUCUUCGAUGAAGAAUUGAUCCUUGGAGAGCUCUCGGAGAAACUGAGAGAGGAUGUGAUUAACUACAACUGCAGAUCGUUAGUCGCGUCCGUGCCAUUCUUUGCCAACGCCGAUUCGAACUUUGUCUCGGAUGUCGUUACCAAACUAAGAUACGAAGUCUUCCAGCCAGGUGAUAUUAUCAUCAAGGAAGGUACGAUCGGCUCGAAAAUGUACUUCAUACAAGAAGGCAUUGUCGAUAUCGUGAUGGCGAACGGGGAGGUCGCAACCUCGUUAUCGGACGGCUCGUACUUCGGCGAGAUCUGUCUGCUGACGAACGCGAGGAGGGUGGCCUCGGUUAGGGCCGAGACCUACUGCAAUCUCUUCAGCCUCUCGGUGGAUCACUUCAACGCCGUGCUGGACCAGUAUCCGUUAAUGCGCAGGACGAUGGAAAGCGUAGCCGCCGAGAGGUAUAAGCUUUGGUUGAACAAAAUCGGCAAGAACCCGAACCUGGUCGCACACCGCGAGGAGGACCUCGGCAGCGAGUCGAAAACGAUAAACGCCGUGGUGAACGCGCUCGCGGAGCAAGCUGCACACGCUAGUGUCAGCGAAGAAUCGGUACACAGCAUGGAGCUGAGGACCCUUCCGACUUGCCUGUUGCCCAGACCGAAGUCUGAGAACAACUUCGCCAGUCAGGAGCUCUCCCGCGAGGGGCGACGGGUCUUCCACAAGAGCGACACUUUCCACAAGGACUCGUAUCAAUGACGACACUCGUUAUACUAGCAUACAGAGAGAUACUAACGGCUCCAUGUUCGACAGUGGCCGCGUACACUGUCGAACGGAUCGUUGGCGCCGAUUUUAAGCCUGGAUCCUGGACGCUACACUAGAAGCAGUCUAUACGUAGUGAUACGCAACGCCAGUAGUCUUCUAGCGAUCGGUUUCUAGCGCCUUCUUAUUAUUAUUAACCCGACGGCACACGUUCCGGUCCAGGAUCUACGCCUAAAACCGUGCAGGCCAGACAGUAUCCCGUUGUCUUCUCCGACGGUGGCACAGCACGAGGGAGCAAGAAUCUCCGUUUCGAAGAGGCCAUCUUUUUUCCCCUUCGACGAGACGUUCAACCAUAACAGCAAUAAAUACAAAAUACGAUACGAACGAACGAAGAAAGAACAUUAUGGGAUGGAGCUCUGAUUUGAAGGACGCGCUGAUCAAACUGAUAGAAGAAGAGGGAAGUUUAAUGAAAUGAGAAGAAGAAGAGAAUCAGAUCGGCUUAGGCUGUGUCAUCGAUGGAGAACACGGAGCCGUUAAUUCCUGCCGCGAGUCUCCUUCAUCGACGACGGCGUCGCGAUAAAAAUGCGAAUAGAAUUUAAAUGCGACGACAGAUGAAGACCUCGACGACGACGAAGAGCAGGCCUAGAAGUUUAUAGAGCAAACGUAGCCCAUCGUGGACUAGGUAGAAAUUAAAAAGAAACCUAAACGACAGUGUAUAAACUAAAAAAAACGAUGCGUAUAAUUCUCUGUGAUUUUGCAAAAGCUGAUACUUCGCACUUUAGGGAGAAGAAAUUUGCAAAGAGCGGAAAAGAAAGAGAGAAGAAGGGCGUAACUUCUAUCCAUGAACGAUUAGUAUUCUCUUUUUUGUUUUUUCUAAGACAACUAACACGAAAGAAGAGAAUCGACGAAGAGCGUACUCGUGAAACGAGAGAUACAAUGCCAGUUAUAAAUUUGUUAACGUGUUUUAACUUUAGCUUCGUUGAAUAGUAUCGUGCAAGUGAUUGAGAGAAGAAUCGAGAAGAAGAAUGAUAACAAGAAACGUGCAACUUACCGGAAGUUAGUAAUCGAAAGUGGAAAACGUUAGGUGGAGGAGAGAAGAAAGAAGCAGAUGCCUCAUUUAUGACGGCUGAUCUAGCCUAAUUUCGAUUAAUCAGGGGAGCAUGCCUGCAAUUCGGAACUCGUUUCUUCGAGAUAGCUCCUGAUUUAUUUUCAAAAUGCGUAAAAGUUAAAAAGAAUCAUCUCGAGUUUUCUUCGGGAAUGCAACGGAUAGGUAAACGCUAAUUUCGUACACGAGUUCUGUUCAAUUAAAUCAGAGUUUAGGAAGACCGUCCUGAGACGCGAAGGGGGAAUACUCAAAGCAUGGGACGACAGAGCGAAAAGAGGGAUGGGAGGGUGAAAGAGUUCAAGUCGUUCUACGGAAGAAUGGAAAUUAAUAUUAUAGGGAAAUUCUGAAUCGGGAGGCCCAAAGAUCGUGUUAACUUGUUGAGUGUUCUUUGGGCUGCCGGAACUAACAUUAAACAACAAAUAAAACGUCAAUGAAUGUGAGGUAAGAUUUAAGUGGAACGAGCGAGAGAGAGAGCGAAAGCGAGAACGAAAGAAAGACAAGUAACUUUUUAUUCGGGCGAGAGACACGAUGUACUAUAAUAGAGAAGCGAACAAAGAAAACAGGAGAGAAAGCUAUACAUAUUAUGUAAUAAAUUAUUAUUAUUGUUACCGAUUA